AUGUUGGAACAGUUCGCCUCUUUUGCCGAACGAAUCGAAAGGGCUCCAACAUUGUCCCUAGCCGAAAUGACUGAUGGCAUUGAAGAGGUUACUCGACGUCAGAGCGAAAACAUAUCUCGCCUUGAUGCAUUGGAGGAGCGUGUAACCAGCCUGCAGAUUUCGAGUCCAGUGGAUCAUAGCCUUCUUUACUCUACCCUCGUUAAAGUGAAGCGAGGAAAAAACGAUGGUAAACUUAGGCGCAUAACCUGGGUUGGAAUAGGAGAACAGGCUGACAAAGUUUCGACGAAAAAAUUCGAUCAGGAAGCUCUGCGAGGGGUUAUUCUCUCCUCUGGUGAUGAUGAGCUUAUCGAGGAAUUCUCAAGAGGAAGAAUGAAGUCUCAUCGUCACCCAUUUUUGAAGCCGAGGAAUCAAGGUGGGCGCGACCGAAUCACAAAAAUUGAGCUUCCCUCACCUGCUAUGAAGGACAGGCUGCUGCGUCACAUGAAAUCGGGAUGA